AUGGUGAAGCUGAUGGCGGAGCUGAUGGAGCAGGUGGCGCAGUACACCAGCGUGGUACAGGACUGUGAGUUGGACCUCCGUGGGUAUAAAAUUCCUGUCAUUGAAAACCUAGGUGCUACCUUAGACCAGUUUGAUGCUAUUGAUUUUUCUGACAAUGAAAUCAGGAAACUGGAUGGUUUUCCCUUGUUGAGAAGACUGAAAACAUUAUUAGUGAACAACAACAGAAUAUGCCGUAUAGGUGAGGGACUUGAUCAGGCUCUGCCCUGCCUGAGAGAACUCAUUCUCACCAACAAUAGUCUUGUGGAACUGGGUGAUCUGGACCCUUUGGCAUCUCUCAAGUCACUGACUUAUCUAAGCAUGCUAAGAAAUCCUGUAACAAAUAAGAAGCAUUACAGACUUUAUGUGAUUUAUAAAGUUCCACAAGUCAGAGUACUGGAUUUUCAGAAAGUGAAGCUAAAAGAGCGUCAGGAAGCAGAGAAAAUGUUCAAGGGCAAACGGGGUGCACAGCUUGCAAAGGAUAUUGCCAGGAGAAGCAAAACUUUCAAUCCAGGUGCUGGUUUGCCAACAGACAAAAAGAAAGGUGGGCCAUCUCCAGGGGAUGUAGAAGCAAUCAAGAAUGCCAUAGCAAACGCAUCAACUCUGGCUGAGGUAGAAAGGCUGAAAGGCUUGCUGCAGUCGGGUCAGAUACCUGGGAGAGAACGCAGAUCAGGGCCCAGUGAUGAUGGUGAAGAAGAGAUGGAAGAAGACACAGUCACAAAUGGGUCCUGAGAUCCCUGGCAGAUGUCUCAUAGGCACUUUUGGGACAAGUCUUGCUUCUUUUGAGCAUAGAAUAACAGUCUUGCUUGUAUCAGCAACGUGGAAACAACCUAUCAGCAUUGCUGAAUGCUUGAAACUGCUGCUGAUAAUUUUUUAAUAUGAACCUUGGAAUCUAAAUGUCAGUUUUCUACAAAUGGUAAAAUAAAGGCCACUCACUGUGCUGCCAG